AUGGCUGUCAUCAAUGAGCAAGGAGAACCGGGCGCAUUCUUCAUGUGCACCGAAACAUCGCCUCGUUGCUAUAUCAUCCAAAGGGUGAAUUCUAGCAGUAUUGACCGGAUGUUAGAUGAUAUGAUGGUGCCAUCUGGUGAGUGCGACACACCUCCUACGCCAAUGUUACCGUGGUGGUUUACAGCGGAAUGUGAGAAUCAACUCUUAGCUGCAUCGGAUCCGCCUGUUAUUCAGAUGCCGACCAGCAUGUCUACAACUCUUUCUGUGCCACCACCACCACCGCCACCACCUCCACCAUCAGUAGCAGUAGUAACUCCACCGGCUCAGCGAGUAAUUUCUACCGCCGUAUCUCAGUCUCCAGAACAAAUAAAGCAACAACUCAAAGCUCAGCUAGAAUAUUAUUUUUCAAGAGAAAAUCUAAUGACUGAUAGAUUUCUACGGUGUCAAAUGGACAACGAUCAGUACGUACCUAUACGAAUCAUUGCUGGCUUUCCAAAAGUCAAACGACUCACCAGUGAUUACAAUCUGGUUGUGAAAGUGCUACGAGAAUCAUCUCAGGUGCAAGUCGACGAAAAAGGACAACGGGUACGAGCCGUUUCAAAGCGAUGCACUAUUAUCCUGCGUGAAAUACCUGAAUCCACCGAUGAGAAGGAGGUAGCAUCAAUGUUCGCUGGUGGACCACCAUAUUUAAGCCUGCAAUAUGGCCUGAAUAAUAGCUGGUAUGUAACGUUCGAAUCGGAAGAAGCUACGGAGCGUGCAUUCUUGCAUUUGCAGAAUCUAGGCAAAACUUUCAACAACAAACCGAUCUGUGCACGAAUAAAAACAGGUGGUGCACCAUAUUCAGAACCAUUGAAUCUGAUUCCGGAUCGAUCUCCGUCUGCUGUGCCGUCGGAAAUUUCAGGCGACGCUACUGUAUCCGUUCCCAUCGUGCCUGCUCCUUCACCAUGUUCAUCUGACACGUUCGAUUUGGGUCAAAUCCUGGCCAGUUACGGGUACGUACCAUGUGCAACUUUCAAGCCUGGUACGACGGUUGUUCAUAUCACCUCUACUGUCGGUGCAACCGCUAACAGAAAUGCCAACCACCAUCGAUUGAGAGGUGCUUGCUCUGCUGGACUGAAUAAUUCGAAUUUUCGAGGUUCCAAUUCCAGAGCACGAGGUGCUUUCGUAUAUAAUCAGCGAGUCUGCACCAGCGAUCAUCGUGAUUUCAGUAAUUAUCAGCACGGAGGAGGCCGACGGAGCAAAAACCAUGGUGACACUCAUCGUGAUGGUUAUCGGGAUAGAAACAACGAUUCUCUAACUUUUGUUCGUCCUAGAGGCCGACAGAAUCGACUUAAUUUUUAUUCUGGUACUGUGCGAAGUGGGACACCAGUUGAAUCACAAAAGACUAAUCAAAGCGAUAAUAUACAACACCGCUACGACUACGAUCAAUCAAGCGGCCGGAGUGUGCAGACACGGCAACAACGGCGUAAGCAGAGAGAUAUGCCACUGUCUGGAAUUUCAUCGGGAAAUAAUAAAAGUGUAAUAUGUCCUCCAAUAAUUUGCCUACCGCCAGAAGGAGGCAGGAAAAGUGACGAGCAGCAGUGUUGUUCAAAAACAGCUAGCGAUGUUGAUUCCAAAAUAGAAAGAAGCAGUUCUCGUAAAACUGUCGAUAUGGAAUAUAGCUUUGAAGAGGGUGCGUUUCCUUGUCUUUCUGAAGAAGUAUCUCCGGUAGCGGAUGUGAAAGAAUCAAAAUCGCGGAGUAAACCAUCAUUCAGUUCGGUAGCUGCCGGUAGGAGAGAAGAAAGGAAGGAAGCGAAAGAAAGAAAAAGUUAUGCACAGACGCUGAAGCAAAAUAAUGGAUUGCUACAGUCAUCUUAA